GAUUUCAUUCAUGUUGUGGCGGGAAACAGACGUGUUCGUUCAGUUUCAGACCGAGUAAAAUUUUAAAUUUAAUUUAGUGUAAGAAGAUAUGCGCAGAGAAUCAUUGCAAUCAAGUUAAGCGCGCAUUUAUGUUUGUAAGAAAUCAAAAAUAGCUUUUCUCAGCGUGGGAGAGUAAACUUAAUGGAAAUGAUAACACUUUUUAAAAUGUUUAACGUUAAAUGUGUUUUUCUGCAAUAAACAAGCGGCGUCCCUGCGAUCCUCGAUUGUUUGUUUUUUACGCUUGUUCGCUGGUUCGGUUUCGGUGUGUUCGGUGAAAAAGUGCAACUUUUGCGAGAAAGUUUACGUGAAAAAAUAACCUUCGAUAAAUGGCUCAAUUGCUCACAAUCCGGUUGACGAGGAACGACUCGUCAACGUCGUGGGGUUUUCGUCUUCAAGGUGGAAAAGAUUUCGGAACACCGCUUCUAAUACAGAAAGUGAAUAUCGGAAGUUUAGCGGAAAAAGCUGGUCUUCAAGUAGGCGACGCCGUUAUCCGCGUUAAUGGCAAAGAAGUUGCUGACGUUAGACAUAAAGAUGCCCAAGACGUCAUUGUUCGAGCCGGCAACCUUGUCGAAUUUACAAUACAACGAGGAGGCAACGUCACGUGGAAACCAGCUGUUACACCUGUUGGUUCCGUACCGUCUCCUAAUCCGUACAUUUCAACUUCACCAAGCCCUGUGACCAAAACAUCGCUGGCAUCGUCGCCUCAUCAAUCUCCACGUAUUCCACAAGGCUUCAAUUCCUCGUCGAAACCGUACUCUCCUCAACAAGUGAAUGGUGGAGGAGGAGGAGGAGGAUACGUUAACGAAAAUGGAUCUAUUAAAGCGAUCGUCAAUAAGCAAUAUAAUACUCCUGUGGGUAUUUACAGCGACGAAUCGAUUGCCGAAACUUUAUCAGCUCAAGCCGAAGUUUUAGCUGGUGGAGUUUUAGGAGUAAAUUUCAAGAAAAACGAGAAAAACUACAACGCCGAAAACAGCGAAGUAUUCAAAAUGGUGUUAGAAGCCGAAAAAGAACCCAAAUCGCCGGAACCAGAACGUCCAUCCAGUGCCAGCUAUUUUGCUUCUCUUAGCCACGCUGUUGGGGGUCAAGCCACUUCUUCUAGGCCUCAAACUCCUACCGCUGCUCUGAUAGAUCGACCAAGAUCUACUACAAAUUCGCCAAUUCCCUCUGCCUCUGCGCCAAAGAGAUCUUCUGAUCCGGAUAAUCUAACUUGUUCGGAAUGCCGACAAAAUAUUGUAGGCGUAUUCGUACGAAUAAAGGAGAAGAAUUUACACGUCGAAUGUUUCAAAUGCGCUACUUGCGGAACAUCUUUGAAAAACGUCGGAUACUACAGCAUCAAUAAUAAACUGUACUGUGAUAUACACGCUAAAAUGGUUGCCAGACAGAAUCCACCUGCUCCAAAUUUAGAGCCGAUUACCAUUUCUCCGUCGCAACAAGGAGCUUCGAAAAUUAUCUCUACGGCGUUGAUAGCCAAUUCUAACUCAGCGUCUUUAUCGCCUCAGCCUACUUUAGCACCUGUUCCAUUCCAUCCUCCCAGGCAAAGUCCAACCCAUGUACCAUCCCCUGUUCCACAAAGUCAACCAUUUUCCGCUGUAAACGGAUCAAAGUCAUAUUCACCAUCGAGCACGUUUAGUAGUCCUAUUUCCGCACCAAAACCAGGAUAUUUUCAAUCACAGAAAGCUCUGCCUUUUCCCAAAGUCGCGGUAGAGACUCAUAAACCUAGCCCAGUGUACUCAUCUGAAACACAACCUGUUUCCUAUUAUAACCCUUCUCAGAAACGACUUCCAUUCUUGAAACCCCGAGCUGAGAAAGCGUCUGCUUUCAUGCCAGUCAUGAAAAGCUCUCAUUCGAAACCAGUUCCAGCUGAGCCAACUUCUGGACACACUGAUCAGUACAAAUUGUCGACUGUUUUUGAAAGCCUUGACCAAGAUGAUCCUCAGGCGAUUGCCUGUCAUAGGAAAAAACUGUCUCUUUGCUCAGAAGAAGUUAAGAGUGUGUUUUCUUUAAGAAAUUUGGCUGGUUCUCCCGCUUGCAGCGAUAGGCCAGAAUCUCCUGUGCCUAGUGAAUCUGCUGAUGAAUUUCAGCAUUAUGAGACCCCAAUAAGGAAUAAACCAUUGCUGGAACUAGUUCAAUCGAGACCUCACAGUGUCAGAUCUUUGUCUCCUUGUGAACGUCCAAUAACUCCGAAUCGAAUUGUUGUUUUCCCACCGGAGAUGCCGGAAUGUUAUCAUCCUAGGGUUGCUUCCCCUUUACCUAUUUAUUCUAGACCACAUCAUGAUACCCAAAGAGAGCCACAUACUGAUCCAGUCGAAAUAUUCAGCGAAGAUGAGAAAUCAUCAAAGUCCAACGAUGAUGUCCUCGUUUGUGUUUUUGAACGUACUCGAGAAACAGCCAAACCUGAAGAGGUAAAUGAUGAUGAGGGUUGCAAAUGCAUCAUUGAAAAGACCAGAGAAACAUUGAAAAUCACUUGUAUAUCACCCGUUCCAACACAGCAGCCAACCAUAAGUGAAGUCAAGGAAGAACAGGAGGAGAACAUCACAUUAGAGAGUCUACCUAGACCUGUGACUCCUGCAGGAUAUAUUGCUUCAUUGUUGACAACAGCUUCAAACAGGCCUUUUACUCCUAUUGAGCCUGCCAAAGCAACUAUAUUCACUGAACCAGUGCCUCUGCCUCCUGAAACGAUCCCAUAUUUGCCUACAUCCAAAGAAGAGAAUCAUAGGUUGUUGGAUGUGGAAAGACCAGUAUCACCAAUGACCUAUGCUUUGACUACAGCGCCUGAAAGGUCUUAUUCUCCACUUCCUACUAUAGUCAAGUUUGAAGACCUGUUUCCUCCUGAAGCAGAACCACUUCCUCAUGAAGAGCCAAAGAGACCUUCCUUGGCUGAUGCUCUUACAGUGGCUCCAAGACGCUCUUAUACUCCACUUUCACGUGGAGUCACAGAACAAAUUAAGGAAGAGGAAAGUGACAUCAAAGUGCCUGAUUUGUCUGAAGAUCCCAGUGUCAUCUUGACUAAACCUGUCAUUGAUAUUAAAAAGUGUGAAAAAGAUACAAAGAAAUCUUCAAGCAUUAAGUCUAUGUACACAGGUCCUACGCUGAUAUCUUCACCUUAUUUUGUUACUGAAGCUGCAUUUCCACCUAUUUGCGAUGAAUUGAAGGCAAAAUUUGAGAAAAGACUUAGAACUGGAUCAAUUAGCGAUAAAAAUGCUCCUAAAAAUACAUCUGGUGAUAGUGUCAAAGAGGUUGAAGAAAAACGUACUGUGUCUGCUCGAAGCCCAUUCACUCCUACCGGCUUAUACAAACCUAUAAAUUUGCCUCAUUAUCAGCAAUGUGUCAAAGAACUCACAAAUCGUAAUAAGACUCCGCUGAGUAGGAGAAAUACACCUACACCAAAAGGACCCGAAUCACGUAAGAGUACUCCUACUCCCAGAUCUGAGAUAUCUCGUAAGAAUACACCGACUCCAAGGGGAGAAAUGUGCAGGAAACCAACUCCUACAAGUUUUGAGGCUACUGUAUCUACUCAACAAAAGGUUUUCCAUCCUGAGAUAGCCAGUGGAGCAUUGAAGACAUCUGCCUUAACGUUUCUAACCCAGACUAAAGAUAUCAGUGAGAAAAUACCUCCUGUGUUGGGUUAUCAGCCUGGAUCUAUUGUGGAGAAUAUGUCAUCAUAUACCAAAGUCGAGCAAUGUGUUAGGACCGUUUGUGAAAAGACUUUGAAGCAGAUACAGGCUUCUGGUCCAUCUGCCCAGUCCUGCUCAAGCCAAUCAAAUGAACUGAGAGUUGUUAAAACCAAUAUAUCUGCAUGCUCAUCUCCUGUUAAUACUCCUGGAACAUUGGCUAAAGAAGAGAUGCAGCCUAAAAAGCACUCACGUCCUAGUACUCCAGUUAAGAAGUCUUCUCGUCCGAGUACUCCAGUCAGAAAAUCCUCUCGACCAUCAACUCCUGUUUUUCAACCUAACAUAAUGAUUUCAUCUCAGCAACAUGCAGAUUCUCCUGACAAGGACUCACGGUCUCAGCAACAUUUCUAUCCUUCGACUCAGACUUCUUCUCAGACUAAUAAAACAGCUUCAUCAUCUCAGCAGUAUGUCUCUUCAACCCAGAUGUCUUCCCAAAUUAACAAAACAACUUCUUUGUCUCAACAACAUGCUCGCCCUUCAACAAGAACCCAUUCUCAGACUAGCCAGAUGAUGUCUCAAUCUGAACAACAUGCCCACUGUCCCACCCAGGCUUCUUUGUCUCAGCAACAUGCCCGCCAAUCCACCCAGACUUCUUCUGAUCGACAUGUCCGCCCCUCAGCACAACACCCUACUCAGACUUCUCAACAACACACCCACUAUCCACCCCAGACUUCUUUGUCUCAACAACAUGCCCACUGCCCCACCCAGACUUCUUCUUCUGAGCAACAUGUCCGCACCUUGGUACAAACCCCCACUCAGACUUCUCAACAACAUGCCCACCAUCCACACCAGACUUCUUUGUCUCAGGAACAUGCUCAUCGCCCCACCCAAACUUCUUCUGAGCGACAUAUCCGCCCCUCCACACAACCACCCACUCAGACUUCUCAACAACAUGCCCACCAACCCACCCAGACUUCUUCUUCUGAGCGACAUGUCCGCACUUUGGUACAAACCCCUACUCAGACUUCUCAACAACAUGCCCACCAUCCACCCCACACCUCCUUGUCUGUGCAACAACAUGCCCACCCCUCAACCCAGACCUCUUCAUCUCAGCAACAAGCCCGCUCUUCGACACAAACUUCUCAAACUAACCAAACAACUUCUUCAUCUCAGCAACAAUUUCAUCCUUCAACUCAGGUUUCUUCACAAUCUAAUCGCACAAUUUCUUCGUCUCAGCAACAAACCACGUCAUAUCCUUCAACCCAAGUCUCUUCUCAGCCCCGACAAACAGCUUCUUCCCCUCAACUACCCAUUCACUCUUCUACCAAGACAUCUGCUCAACCUAAUCAUAGUACAACUUCAUCUCAGCAACACUUCUACACUUCGAGCUCGCUAACUAAAAGCAUGGCUGCUUCAAAUAUUACUCAUAGUCUAUCAAAAACCUUGACCGCUAUCGCAUCUUCUAAACAUCAGUCAUAUAACAUUAGUUCUAAAAACCUUACUACCUCUACCAUUACAUCAUCCGAUCCGAACCUAACAGGUAGCAAUAUCGGUGCCGGCUCCAGAGCUGGAACGUCAGCUGGCCUAUCAGCGCCUCGUCGCGGUAAAGGGGUAUGGAAUCCGCAAAAUCAAACGCCAGGAGCGAGAAUUCCGCUCUGCGCUCAAUGCAGCUCGCAAAUCAGAGGACCAUUUAUAACAGCUUUGGGUAAAAUAUGGUGCCCGGAGCAUUUCAUCUGCGUUAAUAAAACCUGCAGACGUUCUUUGUUGGAUAUCGGAUUCGUAGAAGAACCUUCGGGAUUACAUUGCGAAUACUGUUUCGAAAAAUAUCUUGCUCCUACUUGCGGAAAAUGCUCUCGUAAAAUUAAAGGAGAUUGUUUGAACGCUAUUGGAAAACAUUUCCAUCCGGAAUGCUUCGUAUGUGCUUACUGCAACAAACUAUUCGGCAACAGUCCAUUUUUCUUGGAGGAAGGAUUGCCGUAUUGUGAAAAUGACUGGAACGAAUUAUUUACAACGAAAUGUUUCGCGUGUGGAUUCCCCAUUGAAGCUGGUGAUCGAUGGGUCGAAGCAUUGAAUAAUAAUUACCACAGUCCUUGUUUCAAUUGCACAACAUGCAAAUCGAACUUGGAAGGACAAAGUUUUUACGCCAAAGGAGGCCGGCCAUUCUGCAAAAGUCAUGCUCGUUAAUUACGAAACUCAGCUUUUAAUCGCUAUCGUAUCGUUUUAUCAAAACUUAACGUUCUACUCUGUAUGUCGUAUUGGCUAACAAAAUUAUCUAGUUAAAUUGCACGACGAGUGAAGUGAGAUUCAAAAGUAAACAUAUAAUAAUUUUAGUAUUUCAUGUAAUAAAAUAUACCAUAUCGUUU